AGAGCUGCACCGGCCAAAUAGUACACCAGUGCAGCUGUUGAACUGUGCGGGAGCUCCACAUCUGAACUUUCUGCUGAAUUAAAAACUUCUUCAAAGUGGACAAGGUCAGCGCGGCGUCCCCCUGGAGCUACAUCAGCAGCAUCACACAACAUCAUCCAGUGGGAGCAUGAAGCUGGCUGUGACUAUUGUAACCACUCUAGUCUUUGCCACUCUUCUUCCACAGACUUCUACAGCCAUCCCAGAGCGUUCUGUGUCCUGCGCUCUGAAAGAGAACUGCUCUUUGGCCUGUCCAUUCACAGGAAAUAUAAAAGAGGCCUAUUGGAUCCGUAUGGAUUAUGUAACCUUCCCGAUUGUAUAUUACCCCGAAGACUUGAGACAUUUGCGACAUGAAUUCAGGAAUAUGAGCUUCCUGAAGCUGGAUCCUGCAGAUGGAGCUGUGCUAAGGCUCACACGGGUUGAAGUACAGCAUGAAGGAGUGUACCGCUGUUAUGUGAAAACAGACUUGAGGACGACUCGGCACCAGGUCCACCUCAAAGUAUACUCUCCAGUGUUGCAGGUGUCUCUGCAGCAGCAGGGGCAGCAGCUCGUCUGUAGGUCUGAGAGAGUCUACCCCGAACCCUCAGUGUCCUGGAGCCCUCCCUCUCUUGGCUCACAGCCUCAGACCUCAGUGAAUGUCUCAGAGGAUGGACUUUACUCGGUCUACAGCUCCCUCUCUGGCCCACUCAACUCUACACUUUACACCUGCAAUGUUAGCACCCCCUACAGCUGGAGAGUGGAUACAAUCAGACCCCAGAUUGAAGAAGACAGCUCUUACCUCAAAUACCUCUGGAUCUUGACAGUUUUGAUUCUGAUUCCAGCGUGUUUCUUCAUAUUUAAGAAGUAUAAGCAGAAAAAAAUAGAUGCUGUUCGACGCAAGGCCUAUGACAAGGUUGAAGUACAAGGCGCUGGAAGACCACAAAAUGGAGAAGUCACUACAUCCAAUCAACAUGAGAAUGGUCAUUGCCAUAGAAAUGGCCUGAACCACAUGUCUCUGACUAUGAACGAGGACACACAGGUUUGAGGAUGAGCCAAGCCAUAGUAUGAGUGGACUUACUUUUGUUAGUUUUUUUAAAUUAAGAUAUGUUUACUGCACAGGUAGAGUAUUUACACCAGAUGCUGUAAGAGCUGGGCACAGCUAUAGGAAACGGCUCCAUGUCUUCUCAAAUGCACUGAUUUUGUUUGAAUGAAACUCUAAUUUUUUUUUCUAGCUUUAGA